UCAUUUUUGCAUAAUUGCAAGUUUUCUCAGAGAUUUAAUAGAAAAAUUUUAUGCUAAAGCUCACCAUUGUGGUUUUAAAUGAAGUUCACAGCUUAUAGGAAUAUUAUAAAGCUGCACAUGAAUAUGCAAAGCUUAAAAAUAUUCGAAAGAAUGCCUUGGAGCAAAUUAGAAGUUCAACCAAGUCGCUUCCAGGUAGUGUGGACAUGUCAUUGUCAAACUUAGCCAAAGGAAAGACAAAACGUAAGCCAAGCGCAUAUUUGAGCUUUGACGAUGAAGUUGACAGUAGUGAUGUUUGUUAUAAUGCACAACAACGAGAACUUUUGGAACUUAUCAAAGAGCAAGAUGUUAAAGGAGUGAGGGCGUUCUUUGCAAGAGGUCCAACUUUCGAAUUAAGCCGACACGAAAUAGGAAAAGUUGCCCUUCGAUUAGCCAUUUUCAACGAACGCACGGACAUUGCAGAGAUCUUGCUCGAAAAUGGUGUCCGGAUUGGGAAUGCUCUUUUCUCAGCCGUCAUCGAGGGUUCCAAAGAAUGCGUCGAGCUAUUUCUUGACAAGCGCUUCUUUAACAGACUCAAGGGAGAUAUUGGGCCAACUGAUCGCCAAGAUGGAUUCUUUAUGAGCCCAUUGAUGUUGGCAGUUCAACUCAAGGAUUACGACAUUAUACAGUACAUGGUUGGAGAAGGAUUUAGAAUUGAUCGCCCUGAAGAUGCAGACGCAAGCGAAGACGAGAUUCAAUUCUUACUGCACAUCAAUUCUUAUCGUGCCCUUGCAAAUCCCUUGUACAUGGCAUAUUCUUACCUUUACAACCAACAAAGUGAACACCCAAUAUUUACUGCAUUUAACUUGCACGAGACUCUCGAUCGUAAAGCCAAAGUUGAUCAUGAAUUCAAGAGAGAUUAUGGAGCUUUGUCUAAAGGAUGUGAGGAGUUUGCAGUCAGCCUUCUGGAGCAGUGCAGAACAAUGGACGAGAUAAAGAUUUUGACAGAUGUGCAGCAAGAAAUUGUACACAAAGACACCAACAAGAGAGAAACUCAGUACACUGAGUUUUGUGAAGAGACAGAAGAGGCCAAAGACCUUGCAUUUCUUAACAUGGCAAUAAGAAAUAAUAACACCAAGCUUGUAGCUCAUCCAUAUAGCCAACUCAGACUCAACAUAGUCUUACAUAAUGGAAUUUCCCAAUUUUUUUGCUGUAAACAAACGUGGAGGAGCUCAAGCCUUUUGAGUAAAGCUGUCUACAGCAUAUGCCACACCUUGCUUUUCCCAUUUCUGGCAAUGAUCUACCUUGUUGCGCCAAGUUUAUCACUGUCAGUUGGUCUGGCAAAUCCAGUCGUGAAAUUUAUCAGCCACACUGGAUCCUUUGCAGUUUUUCUUGUUUUGCUCAUCUGCUCAGCUUUUCAAGAUCAGUUCAACACAGGAAUGGAUGCUCCAAGUAUUUUAGAGUGGUUGGUCUUUUUGUGGGUGGUUGGCCUGGCAGUACAAGAGCUGAAAGUAUUUUACUACCAGGGUGCAAAUCUCUACAGACGGCAGUGGUGGAAUUUAGUGUCCCUGUUGAUGAUAACUUUCUUUUUGCUUUCCUACUGCUUCCAAAUAAUUGCCUAUGGCCUAGUGAGGAGCUGGGCAAUCCUUGAUCAGUUUGGCAAGUUGGUGUCCUCUCUUGGGUACCAGCCUAUUUUGAUAGCAAACAGUCUAUACACAGUGGGCAUGGUGCUGAGUUUCUUUCACAUCUCCAGUGCUUUCCAAGUAAAUGCUACAUUUGGUCCCUUGCAGCUGUCCUUGUACAGACUGUUCAGAGAUGUUCUCAAGUUCUUGGUAUUCUUUGCUUUACUUUUUAUAGCAUUUGGGUUUAGUUUGAGGAAACUGUACUCACAGUAUAACAGUGUGCUGUAUCAAUUGGCAAAGGUAAAUGGAACAAGCCGCCAAGAACACCACUUUGCAAGAGUGGAUAAGAGCUUGGGAAGUUUGUUUUGGUCCCUAUUUGGUUUGACUGAUUUGGACACAUUGGCAAUUGACAAACCUGAGUUUGGGAUCACGCAGCAGACAGGUGUUGCACUGUUUGGCUUCUACCAAGUUCUUAUUGUGGUUAUUGCUUUCAACAUGCUGAUUGCAAUGAUGUCAAGGUCAUUUGAAACAAUUGUGGAAGAAGAAGACGUUCACUGGAAGGUGUCAAGGACUCGUAUGUGGAUGAACUGGGUGAAUAAAGGAAGUGUCCUUCCGCCUCCUUACAACCUUAUUCCCAAUCCGACAGACCUCGCUUAUGUGAUCAAGAGAAUGAAGGACAAAUACCAAAGCCAAGCUACUCCUUACGUAGCUAACAACAACAACGACAAAAAAAGUUUCAAGAACUGGGCGGAAGUUUCGCGAGAAGAACAAGACGUGUUGAAGAUAAAUUUGAGUGCGGCAGAAGACAGAAGGAAAUACAAAAGGGAAGUACUCGAGCAGAUCGUGGAGAGAUAUUUACAUCAAGUAAGAGAGGAAUCCAGGCAGGAAGAUUUUGAAAAUAUUAAAGAUAUCAAGAAUAUUCAGGAGUUAAUGUGGCAAGAAUUGGGAGGCCAUGCUGAUGGAUUCCCAAGAUCUCCUUUGAGACGGAGUUUCCGGGCGCAAAAAUCUGUGCAGAUAACUGAAGAGACGAGUCUUUGAGAAGUCAGGCAAGCUGACUAAACUGAAUCACACAUGAGCUGAAAUUUCCAUGGACUUCUAUGAUUGUAAUUUUCGUGAUUAUUUCUAACGAGUGGUGUUUAGCAUUGGGUGGAACUUACUAAUAAGUACGGCCUCGCAAUCCUUUCAAGUCUCUCGGUCUAUAGAUCACUUCUUCACAAUGUUGCCGUACGUUGCUUAUAAUUUCAAUACGCAAUUACCGCGUUGUAAUAUUUGUUUGCGGAUAGUCGUGUCUGGCGUUGGAGCGGGAUCGAUGAACACAGCUUACCGCUCUGGUUUUCCUGUAAAUCACUUUAUCCACUUAGGAGUGGGUGAAUAAACUCAUUGAUUUCCGUCGAGAAUUGGAGAUUAUGUCUUACAUUCCAGGCUGCCAUUUCGGUCCCUUUAUC